AUGAUGGCAAUCGUCAAUCGUCUGGUUCUUCCAUUUGCCUCCAAAGCAUUUACGGUCCCAAGCUCAAUACAAAGUUUACAGAUUAGCACUUGCUAUAUGGAUCUUGAUGACAUAUUUGGUCCUUCACUAAAUUUAGAAGACACCCACUUAAAGGAAGGCUAUCAAGAAGGCUACAACACUGGUUUUGCUUCAGGAAAAGACGAUGGACAUGAAGUUGGAAUAAAAACCGGGUUCAUAACUGGUGAAGAAUUAGGGUUUUAUAGAGGUUGCAUUGAUGUUUGGACCUCUGUGAUUCAAAUUGAACCCACAUGUUUCUCGACCCGGGUUCAAAAAAAGAUUAAAGAAAUGGAUGAAUUGGUGUCAAAAUAUCCGAUUUUGGACCCUGAAAAUGAGAAUGUAACGGAUAUUAUGGGAUUGUUAAGGUUGAAAUUUCGGGCUGUUUGUGCAACUUUAAAUGUGAAAUUGGAGUAUAAAGGGUACCCCAAGGCAUCCGAACCAAAUGAGAUUCAGUUUUGAGGAAUGUAAAGUGAUAAUUACAUGCAGAAUGUUUGUAGAAUGAAUGAAAUCUAUUAUAUUAAAGGAAUUUCUAUAUGAAGGAAUUGUAAUUUGUUACGUGAUUUGGUUGGUAGGAAACGAAAUGAAAAUUUAAUGAUAAAACAUGUGUAAAUUUUAAUCUUUUUACUAGAAUUUUUUUUUCUGUAUCUAUAAAAAUGGAGGG